UCAUUGGUGCGUUGAAAGACUUUUAAAUUCCAAACGGUUGUCAUCCAGAGAAGGCGAGGGGGAUUCAAAAGCACGUCGCUCCUUCUAGUUCAGGCUGCAGUCUAAUGGUCUGACAGAAGACGUUAUAAUUUCUGCUAACUGCAUCUGUUAUUUCAAGGAUGAGUUCCGUUGAAGUGAAUGAUGAGAAUCGUGGGGUCGUCUGCCCUGGAGGAAAGCACAACAGCUCAAGUGCUGACAUAUUUGCCCUGGAUCAGCCAACUGGGAGGCCCUCCAUCCUGCGUCAGACAGAGAACCUGCCCAGCAAGACUGUGCCAAAGGGGAUGAAGGUUUGUUUUCAGACUCCAAGAAGAGACCCUGUGACUAAAAGGAUUCUAUCUCCAACCAAGUCUGUCAAGAUGACCAGUGUGGAUGAGUGUACAAAAGCAAUGGAGUCCUUAAAUUUGGAUAAAGCAAAUACUUUGCCACAAGAGGCCACUGAUUGCCCCGAUGAGCUCAAACAAGAAGUGUCAUCUUAUCCCGAUGACGACAUGCCAAUACAAAGCAAAGGAGGUUAUCAGCUGGAUUUUGACAACCUCGACACUAUCAAUCCAUUUCAGGGGUCAAAUAAGAUGGUCCUCUCUCCACCGCGGCCUGUUGCUGUUGAAAAUCCUACUACAGAUCAAACUGAGUCUCAAGACACAAAGCCAGAGAAUAUCUUGGAGGAGCCCGCCAAGAUAGAAUCGGCGCUAGAUGAGACACUUCCAUUCACCCCGUCUGUGGAGAAUUCACUGGUUGACGUCUCUGCUGAUAUCAGCUCCACAGAGAGCAGCGUGAUCACAGUGGCAAAGGUCCCAGCAGUUGAGGAACAAGAGUCAUGCACCGCCACGCCUGUUGAUGAACAACCUGCUAAAACAUCUCCAAGUGUUGAUCAAGACAAAGUGUCAGGAAGCUUUGAGGAAGAUGCCCCACUGCCAGCGAGAAGUUCAUAUAACUUUGAUUUUGACGACCUGGAUGCAGUUAAUCCUUUCCAGACUGGUGGCUCUAAAAUCCAGAAUUCGCCUGUCCUUGGGAGAAAGCUGCCAGACGAAAAUCCACCUGUUGAGGAACCACAAAUAAAGGAAAAUAAACCCAAAGAGGUUGUUAAUGUUCCAGAGGUGGCUCAAAAGUUGCCUGUUCAGCCUGAAGUGAAACCCAUUGCUGCAGUGAUCCCAAUGACCACUGAUACAGUCAAGCCUGCAGCUGCUGAAUCCCAGCCAGCUGCUGCUCCAGUUAAUGAAGGUCCAAUCAAACUAGAGUUCAAUUUCGAUGACGGCAGUGAGGUUAAAAAGAAACCGCCACCCAAGAAAUUUGGCAAAAGGCCACCUGAUGCAAAAUCUAGAGAAGCAAAGCCGGCGUCUGAUGUCAAACCACCAAGGGAAACUUCAGUAAAGCCUGAAGCCACUGACGUUGCUGACAUUCCAGUUCCCAAAGGCUCUUACACGUUUGACUUUGACAAAUUUGAUGACCCAAACUUCAAUCCCUUUGGCACAAAAGCAAGCAUAAACAACUCUCCGAAGUGCAGCAAGAAAACCAGCGCCAUGCUUAUGGAAACUGCCAUUCCAGAGCAAACGGAGAAGCAUGUGGAGAAGGAAGCUGUAUCACCAGCGUGUGUGGAGAGUGUCCCAGCUGCUGAACCCAACCCUGAAGUGACAGCUACCGCUGACCAUGACAAGGAAACCGUACAGAGUCCUUUUGAGCUUUCUGAACCGUGUCAACCUGAGCAGAAGUCACAGGCUCCAAUGUUAGAAUUCAAUGACGAUUUUGUUCCUGGAACAACAUUCAUGGCCAAUGAUUUUGAUGGACAAAUUGACUACCUUGAACAGUUUGGGUCCAGCAGUUUCAAGGAAUCUGCGCUGAGAAAACAAUCCUUGUACCUUAAAUUUGACCCCCUCCUGAGAGAGAGCCCAAAGAAGUCUGCAGGCCCGGCUGCUCAGACCCACGUCCCUCGUCCUGCUGCCUUUGAUUCACGACUUGAAACUCUACAAAUAACAGAAAAAGAGGCAACAAAUGGACCACAGAGGGGUGAUUUCAAACUGUUUGAUGAUGCUACAGCACCAACUCCCCCAAUCCUCGAGAGCCUCGUCCCUCCUUUCCCACAGCCGGCAAACACAGAGGACGCCAUCAUUGAAGUGCUUAAGUACAGCCAGAAAGACAUGGAUGCCGCCAUCGCCAAAGUCCAGGCAGAAGCAAAGGAAAAAGAGGAACAAUGGAGUGCAAAGUAUAACAAGCUACAUGACGAUGGUCAAGAAAUGAGGAAAAUAAUUGCAGAAUUUGAGCUGAUGAUUGCAAAAAUGAUGGCUGAUCAAGAGAAGGAGAGAGAGGAGGCCCAGGCGACGCUCAACAAGGCUCUGCUGGAGAAGGAGCAAGUAUCCGGCGACCUGAACGCCAUGGAGAGAUCUUUCUCUGAGCUUUUCAAGAGGCUGGAGAAGUACAAGGAAGUUAUUGAGGGUUACAAAAAGAAUGAGGAGACUCUGAAAGGCUGUGCUCAGGACUACCUGGCAAGGAUCAAAAAGGAGGAGCAACGCUAUCAGACCCUUAAAGCCCACGCUGAGGAGAAAAUUGGCCAUGCGAAUGCAGAAAUUGCUGAGGUGCGGUCCAAGUACAAGGCCGAGGUGUCAGCUCUUCAAGCCCAGCUGCGCAGGGAGCAGCUGAAGGUGCAGUCCCUGGAGAAGAGUCUGGACCAGAAGGAGAAGGAGGCCGAGGAGCUGACCAAACUUUGUGAUGAACUUAUCACCAAAGUCCAGAAGGGUUGAACUCUGUUGUAAAUACUGGAUGUUUUAAGUACUUAUGUCUGUUUUUCUUUGUUAAUGUCACUUAAAACUCUUUCUUGUUCAGUAUGUUGUUUGUCUUUGUCAAUGUUCUUAGAAUACUGUAAAAAAACGUUAAUAAAGAUAAUUGAUUAAGACUGCUCCAA